CCCUCUUCCCCUCCCCUCUCCGGGUUCCCAACCCCUUUCGUUCGGUCCGAGGCGGGCGAGGUGGGUGUGGGGUGUACUCGUUUCUCCCCAGGGUGGGUGAGCUGACCGUUGGGAGCCUUCCUUCCCGGAGCCGUCAUCCUAGUCCGCUACCUCCCCUCCCUGGCUCUGCCCCCCUAGACUAUCCGGGAGCCGGGAGCCGGGGAGGGGAGGACGAGGAGGAGGAGAGAGGAGGAGGAGCCCACCCUGAGCCCACCCCUUUUUAUCUUACAUUCCCCCUCUAAGCUUUCAAGCUGGAGCCGGAGGAGGAGGGCCCGGAGCCACUGGACCCGCCCGGGGUCCAGGUCCGGGUCCCGGAGCUUCCCACGCAGGUGGUGGUGGCCUCGGGAGAACUGCGCCAGACCCUGCUGAAGAUGUGGACGGAGGGGCAGGACACCUGCAUCUCACUGGGGGUGAUGGUCUGCGUGGUCUUGCUCACCGGGAUGGCGCGCGUGCUGGUCCGGAGGCACACCCGCUCCACGUUCAUCCGCGUCUUCGUGGCCGAGCUGCUGGCCACCUUCCAGCUGUGCUGCUGCUCGCACGAGCUCCAGGUGCUGAAUGAACUGAGGCCGGACACCCCCAGCUGGACCCUCACCGUCAUCUAUUUCCUUUCCCUCGUCCACGGGCUGACGCUGGUGGGCGCCGUCAGCAACCCGUGCGGGGUCCUGGAGCAGCUGGCGCUGGAGCAGAUGCCCGUGUGGUUGGGGUUCCUCAAGAUCUUUGCGCAGAUGUUCAGCUCGGGACUCAGCCGGACUUUUAUGGUCUGGGUCUGGAGCCUGGGCAUUUCCAGCCGGCAUUUUGCCGAGAGGUCUAUAAAGUGUGCCAGCCCUAUCCACAUCGCGCUGCCCGAAGCAUUCCUCGUGGAGAUGCUCUGCUCCUUCAUUUUCCACAGUACCGUGAUGCAUUUCCAGGAGGUCAGGCUCAAGUUUCGAAUCCACAUGCAGGCAGCACUCAUCACGUUUUUGGUCUUUGCAGGAGGAAAUCUAACAGGAGCUAUAUUUAAUCCAGCUUUGGCCCUUUCACUACAUCUCCAGUGCUUUCAUGAAUUAUUCUACAACUAUUUAAUUGUGUAUUGCCUGGCUCCUUCUUUAGGUAUAAUGUUGAUGGUUUUGAUGUUCAUCCAUUUCCUUCCUUGGCUGCAUAACAUGAAUAGAAUUCAUAAAAAUGAAUAGUGAUUAUCAAAGACUAAUACUAAGUUAAAUUGCAGUCCAGCUGGAUGUGAAGCAGUCACCACGUUCAGUCGCUUCAUGUUCUAAAUGCCAGUUGCACUUUUGUCCAAAUGUCAGAUUUCUUUGAGGAUGCUGUUCCCAUCACUGAGACGUUGAAAAAAAAUCAAUGUGAAAUUGAGGUCUCCUGUGUAAAGACGUGUUCUUUUGAAUGAUGUAUAUUAAAAUGCUGCUGGAAAGGACUCAUUACAUUAAAUUUAAAUUUCAAGUGA